AUGUCGGGUUUGCUAGCCACCCAGCUACUUCCGGCUUCAUUAAUCGGAAAAUUCGGGUCGCUUGUCAAAUUCGUCAAUCAGGAAGUCAUUCCAUUGGUCGGUCUUAGUGGCACAAUGGUAAACGGAAUCAGCUCUUCAUUGAAGCAUGGAGAUCGCGCUACAGCUCCCGUUACACUCACCAUGCCCUCUGGUAGUGGCUCACGAGAUACCACGAAUAGCUCCCAUGAGAGCUCACAGGACCUUGCUUUAGACGAUCCUCAGGUCGUAGACGAGUUGCGAAAGCAUAUAUCUAAGUUCAUGUUUGCUGAAAGUGUGGAGGGCUUCUCCAUGGAUACGCAGCUAUUUCUGAAGCGUUCUGUCCCAUGGUGUUCAUCCGGGAUUGCUUGGAAUGACUUUGACGACGCUGUACAGCUUCUUUCGAAGACAAUUAUGGACGACAAUCUAUUGACUGGGAGCAACCAGGUGUGGAUGAUUGACUGCUUCCCUGCCGAGAGUGACCAACUUGUGGGUGAAAAGGGCAAGGAAUGGUUUAAAGGCAUAUGGACGCCAAGUCAAAGCUACAAGUAUCGCACUGAGGAUGUGAAAGGCACGGAGCAUGAUUUCUUACUGGAUCCAAAAUUCGGUGGGAGCAAUACAUGGCUCCAGCGAGUCAGCGAGGCUUGGAAGACUCCAGAUCCUAUCGCCGCCACUCCGUAAUUGUUGGCUGGUUUCCAAUGAAGCUUCCACUAGUUACAGUACAAGAUAAUGAGACAUACGAUCAC